AUGGCUGCCGGUCUACCGAAGCGCAUUGUCAAGGAGACAGAGCGGCUGAUGGCCGAGCCGGUCCCCGGGAUCAGCGCCGUCCCGCACGAAGACAACCUCCGCUACUUUGAUGUCGAGAUCCAUGGGCCUUCGCAGUCGCCAUACGAGGGCGGCGUUUUCAAGCUCGAGCUCUUCCUGCCUGAGGACUACCCGAUGGCGCCGCCCAAGAUCCGCUUCCUGACCAAGAUCUUCCAUCCGAAUGUUGACAAGUUGGGCCGCAUCUGCUUGGAUGUGCUGAAGAACAACUGGUCCCCGGCGCUCCAGAUCCGCACGAUCCUGCUGUCCAUCCAAGCGCUUCUCGGCGCGCCGAACCCCGACGACCCGCUCGCGGCAGACGUGGCGAAGAGCUGGAAGGAGGACGAGCAAGCGGCGAUCGCGACAGCGAGGGAAUGGACACUAAAGUAUGCUGUUCCCAAGAAAUAG